CCGACAGAGCCCCGGCUCGGGCGGCCACGCCACUGGGGUGAUAAACGCCUGUCCUCACCAAUCAGGGGAGAGACAUCCCGGCUCCUGCCCUAUGGGCUGCGUCUCUAACGGGAGCGGGGCGGGCAGUCUCGGAACGCGAGGUUAAAAGGGAAAAUGAAGUACAUUCUGGUUACUGGUGGUGUUAUAUCAGGAAUUGGAAAAGGAGUCAUUGCCAGUAGUGUGGGCACAAUACUCAAGUCAUGUGGCUUACAUGUAACAUCAAUUAAAAUUGACCCCUACAUUAAUAUUGAUGCAGGAACAUUCUCUCCUUAUGAACAUGGAGAAGUUUUUGUGCUGGAUGAUGGUGGAGAAGUUGACCUUGACUUGGGAAAUUAUGAGCGGUUCCUGGAUAUCCGCCUCACCAAGGACAAUAAUCUGACCACGGGGAAGAUAUACCAGUAUGUCAUUAACAAAGAGCGCAAAGGAGAUUACCUGGGGAAGACUGUCCAAGUUGUCCCUCACAUCACAGAUGCAGUCCAAGAGUGGGUGAUGAGACAGGCAUUAAUACCUGUAGAUGAAGAUGGCUUGGAACCUCAAGUGUGUGUUAUUGAGCUUGGUGGCACAGUGGGAGACAUUGAAAGCAUGCCUUUCAUUGAGGCCUUCCGCCAGUUCCAGUUCAAGGUCAAGAAGGAGAACUUUUGUAAUAUCCACGUCAGUCUGGUUCCUCAGCCAAGUUCAACAGGGGAACAGAAGACAAAACCUACCCAAAACAGUGUUCGGGAGCUUAGAGGACUUGGGCUUUCUCCAGAUUUGGUGGUGUGCAGAUGCUCAAAUCCUCUUGACACAUCCGUGAAAGAGAAAAUAUCUAUGUUCUGCCAUGUGGAACCUGAACAAGUGAUCUGUGUUCAUGAUGUUUCAUCCAUCUACCGGGUACCCUUGUUGUUAGAAGAGCAAGGGGUCGUAGACUAUUUUCUUCGGAGACUUGACCUUCCUGUUGAGAGACAGUCACGAAAGAUGCUGAUUAAAUGGAAAGAGAUGGCAGACAGAUAUGAUCGCUUGCUGGAGACCUGCUCUAUUGCUCUUGUGGGCAAAUACACCAAAUUCUCAGACUCUUAUGCCUCUGUCAUUAAAGCUUUAGAGCAUUCUGCAUUGGCUAUUAACCACAAGUUGGAGAUCAAGUACAUUGAUUCCACAGAUCUGGAGCCCAGCACCCUGCAGGAGGACCCUGUGCGUUACCAUGAGGCAUGGCAGAAGCUCUGCAGUGCUCAUGGAGUGUUGGUUCCAGGAGGAUUUGGUGUUCGGGGAACAGAAGGAAAAAUUCAAGCAAUUGCCUGGGCUAGGAAACAGAAGAAGCCUUUUUUGGGUGUGUGCUUAGGAAUGCAGCUAGCAGUGGUAGAAUUUUCAAGAAAUGUGCUGGGAUGGCAAGAUGCUAAUUCUACAGAAUUUGACCCUAAGACUAGCCAUCCUGUGGUCAUAGACAUGCCAGAACAUAAUCCUGGGCAGAUGGGUGGAACCAUGAGGCUGGGCAAGAGGAGAACCCUGUUCCAGACCAAGAACUCAGUCAUGAGGAAACUCUAUGGAGACAUAGACUACUUGGAAGAGAGGCACCGCCACCGAUUUGAGGUGAAUCCAGUCUUGAAGAAGUGCUUGGAAGAACAAGGCUUGAAGUUUGUUGGCCAAGAUGUUGAAGGCGAAAGGAUGGAGAUUUUGGAGUUGGAAGAUCACCCAUUCUUUGUUGGGGUGCAGUAUCACCCCGAAUUCCUGUCCAGGCCUAUCAAGCCCUCCCCACCCUACUUUGGCCUCCUUCUGGCCUCUGUUGGGAGGCUCCCACACUACCUGCAGAAAGGUUGCCGGCUCUCACCCAGGGACACUUACAGUGACAGAAGUGGGAGCAGCUCCCCCGACUCUGAAAUCACUGAACUGAAGUUUCCAUCAAUAAAUCAGGACUGAUCUGGAUGAUUCUUCAAGAAAGCCUUUGACCUGAUAGUUUACAACUAUGAUUUUACACUCUGCUUUUGACACUUCCUUUAAAUUAUGUUUUUAUUAAGAUUAUUUUAUUAUGGGGAAAAAGUACUUGGAAAACUUUGCCACUUGCAUGUCCUAUCAUUUAUAUUGGCUCCUGCGACAUACCUGUUUGUGAGACAAUUCCUUUGCAGUUGUGUUUCUGGCAUGGGAAGGAGGACUCUGGAUGGGACCUGAUGGUGGCCAGCGGCUGGUUGAAGGCCAUCAGCCACUCGAGUUACUGCCACUCAAGUGCGUUGCUAUUAUUUCCCUGGGAUGCCAGCUCUUCCAGUGCUGGGCUUCUGACUGUAGGUAUUGCUGGAAUCUCGGUGCUGCUGAGUUGUGGGGGACUUGGUGCCAGUUGUGGCCCUUGUCAUCCAGAGGGAUGUUUGGUUCUUAGGCACAUCAGACAAGCUCUAUGAAGUGUCACAUAAAAACCUUGGGGCUCUGGCCGCACUUCCUGUUUGUGCAGCUGAGAACACUCCUUGCAUCAAGGGGUCAAGAAAUGAGCAAUCUUGGGAACUAGUUAUGAGCCCUCUUUUGUGUAUGCAGCAUUGGUUUGGGGGUAUUUUUUCUUCCAGAAUGGUGUUAUUGCAGUUGAAAUGCAAUUCGAAAAGUUAUUUUCUUAAUGUGACAUAGCAGUGGGUGUAGCCAUGUACCCACACUAUGGUGGCUGACUCAAUGUAUACUCCUAACUUAAUAAAUAAUGAGGAACCA